CAGACACACACACACACACACCCAGACAUACAGACAUACAGACAUGCUCACAGCAGCCUGCGCUCAGACACUGGGAGAGAAGGGAGAAGAGCGCAGAAGAGGACUAAGCAAACACUCUUGACUGCUGGACGGCCCUACCAGGAGCACGGACUUGGACAGUAGGGGGUUGUGACCCUGUGGCGACACGGGGUUCAAGAACGCCCCCCAGCCCCUCACGACUGUCCCUCAUCAUCCACAUAAGGAUCGGAUCCCAGGACCUGUACAUAUAUACAUCACAUCUGUAUAGGAUGCCCCGAAGAAGCUCCACGGGCGAGCUGGUCCCCAAGGACAUCUCUGAGAUUCUAGCCCGGGAGGCGAAGGCCCACCGUGGGCAGCGGAAGCAGGCCGGCUCCCUGGGCCAGGCCUUCUGCUGGUUGAAGGGCAGCCGGAAGAAGAAGACCGGCCACGGCAACGGGUUGAAUGGAGCGGGAACGACGGCGACGACUGCGGACGCUAAGGUGGAGGGUCAGAACCACUCACCGGUCAAAGCCGGCCCCAGGAGGCAUGAGGAGCAGAAGGGGCUGUCGGUCCACUACCGGGCCUCCCAGCAUUACCCGGAGAACGUGUUCAUCGAGGGAAACCGCUCCCGCUACCUGGAGGACCUGCACACCGAGGCCCAGGAGGGCCUCAAGAUCCUGCAGCAGGAAGAACAUCUCAUCGAUGGAAGCUUCCCCGAUGAUCAAAGUGUUUCCUCCUCCAACACUCUCCGACCCGAGCAGGACCUCUACUCCCUGGACAGCGGCUGUUCCCCGGAGCACGGAGGAAUCAUCGCCGCUUCCACCUUCAAACCCCUGAACAGCACAGAUACCCUAAAGAAACCAGACAAGAGCACCAGGAAGAAGACCAGAAGGACAUCAUCAUGCACAACAGAGGAGCUCUACGUUCCAGCCCAUCGUGUCUCCCAACUCACCAUCACGGCGACCACGCAGGGGCAACGACGGACUAUCAGGAGUCGCGUCAUCCCGACUAUCAAUGGAGAGACUCCAGUAGCCAAUCAGGAGGGAGCAAGGGUGAACCUAUCUGAUCUCGAGGUGUCCAGAGAGGACCAGCUGCUGAGGAAGCACCUCCAGGCAGUGUACCAGGAGGAGCAGCUCUCAACCCCCCAGGACCCUGGCUACCAUCUCAUGACAACCAUCAGCCAGAGACCCAAAUCUCUCGCUGUGCCUGGCAUUACCACUUCCUGCUCGGCAUUCAGCUUCCUCCAUGAGCCCCAGGGUCCGGUGAUGUCCAUCUCCCCCCAAGCCACCUACUUGUCUAAGAUCAUCCCCAACGCUGUGCUGCCAGCCUCCGUCGAGGUCAUCCAGAUCAGCCGCUGUCGGGGCCGACCCUCGGCUUGGCUACUGGGCCUCCACGGAGGCAGUGUUCGAGCAGUGAGCAAGAGCAGUCUCACGUCCGUGGACUCGUCGGUGAGCCCCGUCUCUUCACGGCGGUCCGACGGCGAGGGCUCCAACGCCGACAACUCCCAGACAUCCUCAACUGUGAUGGAGUCAAAUGCAAGCGGCCCCAGUAGUGACCAACCCACCUGCUUAGCCGGUAUGGGCCAGGGGUCGGACUGUGAAGCUUCGGGGUCGGUGUCCGGUGGGGAAGACAUGAGGUGCAGUCAUUCCUUCACUCGUAAUCUGUCUGUUGUGAAGACCAAGCUGCCACCGGCACCCCCGCAGAGAACCAACUCUCUGCAUGGUAAUAAGGUGAGGAAGAACUCAAAACACCCGCUGGUUAUCAAAGAUCCCAUCGACUCUGUGACAGCGAGCGCUGAAAAUGAGCCAUCACAGACCGAUAUUCAGUGCGUCGUUUCUGAAAGCACUAAGGAAGAGCCUCAAUCCAUCUCGGUUGCUGUUCCCAUUUCUAGGAAUGAGGUCACAUCAUCACAAUCCUCCGGUUCCUUAAACCCUUUUCCCGACUCUAAUAGUGGGGUUGGAGAACCGUCAAACCCACCAUCAGUAUCCUCUUCCUCCCUACAGAAGACUCGCUCAGAGGGGAGCAACUCUGAAAGGACCAUGUCCCCUUCCAGUGGCUACUCCAGUAGGAGCGGCACCCCAACACUCUCCCCAAAAGGGAUCUCUCCGACAUCGCCCGACAAACAGAAGAAAAGACCGGUCAAGCCAGAACGAUCUGGAUCUCGGGCCUCAUCAUCAGCCUCUCCCUCAUCCUCCCUCACCUCUCUCUCGUCUACUUCCUCUGAUCCAACCAAUCAAGAGGUCUCGGUCAAUAUCCCCUGUACAGCUCAGCAGGACUCGCCGCCUUCAACCGAGAAGUUCACACAAGUUUGUUUUUCUCCUUCGUUUGCCGACCGAGAGGUGUUCAACAUCCCCCCGCCUCCGAAGGUCAAAGCUCCAUGUGCCCCACCCCCAGACGUGUGGGCUCACAACAAACGCAGCGUGGAGCUCCUUCUUGGCCCUCCCUCAUACAGCAGUAGACCAGUGUCCACAAAGACAUGCUCCUCACAGACGACGGAAACGCAGGCUGAAGCCAACCAUGGGGCCAUCACUGUGGACGUCAUGCAAGCACCAGAAAGCCAUGAAGCGGUCCCCCAUGAGAAGUCCCUGUUAGAGGACAUUUUGGAGACUGUUACCAAGGUGCUUGAUAGCAAAGCAGGAAGCUGUUCAGCCCCAGAGGAAGUAGAUCCAACAACAGAUGUCCAAUGGGAGGAGCAGAGUAGCAGCCCAGCAAUAAAGGACACAGAAAGUCAGGAGAAGACAAUGAAGAAGCAGCCACCUCCUGUCAUGAAGAAAACCACAGCACCAGGAACGAUCAGGGAUGAAUUGUUAUCAAGAAAGAUGCUGAUAGAAGAACCACCGCAGCAGCAGACAGAAUGUAGUGAUGCGAGAGACGAUGUUGUUCCCAGGCAGGAUCCCACACCUGCACCACAGCCUGACAUUCAAGUCAGUCGCAGUGAGGAGGAAACACUCGCAGCCAUGCAGACACCGCCCGAAGCAACCCCCAACGCUACGAAGAAAGUCGACAAGGGCUCGCCUCCUCCUUCCCCACCCCCUGCCUACCACCCCACACCUCCUCCCUCCAGAAAGACACCUCCCUCGCCAAUAUCCCUCCCAUCCUCAGUGGUGUUAGAAGGAGUACAGGAGGAGGCCCACACCGUCGAGACCUGUUGGCCACCGCCUCCUCCACCUCCUCUAGAAGGGGACAUGGGCUUUGAAGGAGGAGAUGAAGUGGAUUUCCCUCCACCUCCGCCAUUCGUGACAGAAGUUCUGCCAGACGUGAUCCACGGAUGCAUCGCAGCCACAAAGGGCCCAGAGCAACCAGGUGCAGCUUUAGAAGAGGCUAAACUGACGACAAAAAAUUCCUGCAGUGGGAAGGGCAAAAGGACGAAGAAGAAGUUAUGUCCGUCAAUAUGCCUGCAGAUGAAGAAAGGAGCGCUAGAGGGGGCUGCGACAUGUCGUGACAUUAACUGCACUGACUUGGACAACAAUCUGUUACAGGACGUUUUGCCUCUGUCAGAGGAUGUGCCACCUCCUCAAAAGGAGGCUACCUCCACUCUGCCAACGUCUUUAGAGAUACCACUGUCAAACCCUAAUCUAGUGCCCUUGAGCAGUGUUUCCCCUGCACUUUUAUCGGCUCCAACGGAGGAUCAUAUCAGUGCCCCCUUUUCACCUCCAACGAUUGUCCCACAAGCCCCUUCUCCACCAGCCGAAAAUAAAUAUCCCGGUGUCAAUUUCAGAAGGCAGCCGAGUCAAGCAAACAGAGACACAAGGAGCAAAGAAAUCCUUCGCCACAAAAGCGUACCCAUUCCCAAAGAGGACGCCAACAUCCCACUUGUCACGCCUUCUCUGCUUCAGAUGGUUCGCCUCAGAACGGUCAGCAUGGCUGAAGAUGAAAUGAGCGCCGGCCAAACAGAAGACCACAACAUGCCCUCGAACGAGGGGCUGAAGUCGGCCCAGGACAACUGCCCAGUCCCAACCUCAGGGCAGCAAACUACUCCCCAAAAGCCUGUUCGCAAGUCGUUGUCUUACAAAUCAACACACACGAAAACGUCUGCGGUCACUCUUCACUCCCCCUCGAUGCGGCUACAGGAGGCCAUCCGCAUGAAGACCGCGGCAAUGUCUUCGAGGGACUGCCUGCCCUCCAGACUCGGUUCCCGAUUGCCGAUGAGUAGCGGCCUCGGUGAAUCAGGGACCUUUGACCCACUCAGGUCCUCGGCCUCCACUGCUAGCUUCAUCUUCUCCAAGAGCACAAAAAAGGUUGUGAUCGGGACGGCGACCUCUGCUGAAGCCCACGCCGGCCUGAAGCAGAGCCUGGCGGCCGAGCUGAUGCAGGUCACGGAACGAACCAAAGACGCCACUGUACACAACUUGGAGGUGAAGUGGGAUAAAGUCCCACCACCAGUGGCCAAGAAACCAGCGCAUGGAAGCCCCGCUCGUGCAAACCAUCGAGAAUUGAGAACGGAGGAGAACACGGGAGAAAAUGGAGGAGGGGCAACCGCACCACCUGAAGGACACGGAAUAUCUUCGGCGGAAACGACUACAACCACUGUGACGUCGGACACAAUAGAAACACUUUUUUAAGAAAGUGACAUCCUGUUAGAAAUCAAAGACUAAACAAGAUGGUGGUUGGAGAAAGCAAGUACUACCAGUGGAAGAGAAACGUCAGCAGCAGACAAAAUGUCAGCCUUGAAGAUUGUGACAUUUAGCUUAGCUAUCUGAGGUUUUGUGUGUGGAAAGUCUUUUUAAAAGCCUUAGCCUGAAUUGGCCCUUGUUUAUAUUUAUGCAAAAAAUGUCUCGCCCCAAGUUUCUUAUCAUAGCUUUAUGUGAAAUAUUUUUAUAAAAUAGAUUAUCUCUUGUAUUAAGGCCCCUCAGGAUGAAAUGGUGUGUUGAUGCUGGACUGUACAUAGUUGAUUUGACAAAACAGCGCCUCCCUGAGGAUUACCUAGGUAGUGGACACUGCAGUUCAGAGAACAGAAGAAGUGUGUUAAAUGUACAGAUGCAGAUUGAUUUGUGCAUAACAGUGUUAUGCACAAAGGAAAGUGCAUAGCAAAGGAAAAGUCACUCAAAAGCCAUAAUCAUUCCCCAAUCAAGGUUUAAUCUUUUGUUUUACUUUACCAUUUGUUAUUGAUUAGACUAAAACCAAUGAAGUCACCAUCACUCAAGUUAUUCCUAAUUUCAAUACAAAAAGUAGAUGGUGUUAAUAUACAAAAUCAGAGGAAUAUAUAUUUCUUCAUCCACAAUACGUUUCAAUUGUUUUCCUGCACAAUCAAAAAUGUUUUUACAAGACGUUAUUUAUUAAGAGUUGUAUGAUCUAGGUCACUUGUUUUACACAUUUCCCCAGUCAUAACAUUUAUUUUCAACCCCAGUCUUUGGCCAUGUUAAAGAAUGAAUUGGUCUGAAAUGAUUGAAACACUGGACUAAAUCUAUUAUAUACUAAAGUUUAGUUGUUAUUUGCCCAAGACUUUUCUGUACAAUAUAGCUCAUAACUUUAUUUGCACAAGAAUCCCCUUUAUGAGGUUUCCGACCAAGACAAAGACUAUCUUCUUACGGAGUCACAAAUUGAAUAUUCAAAAGAAUAAUGUACAGUUAUUACUUCUAUAAACUUUAUUACAAAUAUGUCUCUGUUUGCUUUUCAUGACUGUUUUGAGAAACCAGACCUUUCUUUCCUUGAUACGUUUUGUCAGGAGUGUUAUCUAGAACGGCACAGCAAAGAGGAAAACUUGAGGAUUGGUGACAGUUUAUUGAAUAUGCAGGAUGACAUUACAAACAGCCCAUAUGGUACGGGACGUGUUCAGCGUACACAUGGACCACAUGAACCAAUGAAACCAUGGACAGUGGCGAUUAACACAAUGACUGUAUUUCAUAAUGACCCUUCAUACCUGUAAGAAUACGUGACUUGAAUUCACUUAUUCACAUCCCGCCCCCGAUAUUAGAAAUGUCUUCCAGAAAACUCAUCGUCUCUGGCCGAUGCCGAUGCCGUUUCAAUUUGAGCUUGAUGAGUUAUGACCGCAUUUUCACAUGGGCUGACAAAAAGCAGAGGUUGUCAUGUCUGACCGUGUCCAUGUUUACUCGCAACAGUGAGCAUCUAGGAGAUGUUUGCUCCUUUCAACGACUUGCACGUUACAGGUCCUAGUUUGGUCAUCAACUGCUGGUCUUUCCACUGGGCCACACACUCCCCUGACAGCUUCAGGUCGACCUAGGGCAGGACAAACACGUCAGUAGACCCUUGAGUUUAUUUGUAACUAGAAAUAAAAAUUACACUAUUUUUAAACAAUCAAAUCCAGUCCAUUGUAGUAAGAUAGCUGCACAUGCCAAAUCAUUAUUUGUGCCUAUUAUUAAUAAUAGGUAUACAAGUCAGAAAGCUCCAUGGAUCCAUACCUGCAGUUUCUCCCAGACCUUCUUCUUGGGGUUGAGUUUGUCGUCUGGCUUGCCCGUCUCAUAUCCUUCCACAAAGACACGGUCCCCUGGGGACGACCCCUCCGGGGGGUCAAGAGGCUCCACCCUCCUGGGCUCUCCUUCACUGCAAGAUUAAAAACAUGCCCGCCACAUAAACAUUGUUAAAGCCAAGGUAUAGCGGGAAUUAGUUGAGCAGCACGGCCACCAAACAAAACCUCAACACUUUGGCCCCUUAGUGGUCAGGGGCAAAAACGUUUACGCCUCAUGAUGUUUAUGAUAGACACUGGCACACCCAAGACCAAUAAUUAACUUAAUAAGCUACAGCCGUUUCCACUUAGAACUGACAAUCGCCUAUUUGCAAAUGUGCAUUAGUCUGGAACCUGCUAAUCUUUUUACAUAAGGGCGUCAUCAACAGCCGAAGAGCAAAACGCAGUACGAGAGACAUGCAACCAAGCAGAGCAGUGAAACGUGUGACAGAACAGCACAUCCGACUACCAUUAUCCCAUCAAACCCACCACAUAUAAGAUCAACCCAUGUGGUUGACCCGGCUGGGGUCUGCUAGGAAUGUGAAU